CCACUAGAAAUGAACUCUCCUUCAGUAGAGGCAUGACUAAGCAAUAUUUCAUUCCUUCCUAGUUACAUAACAAGCUGACAGGAGCUUAAAAACAAGCAGUCAGUUACGACGCGCGAGCGAGAAGUGAACUGUUCUCGAGAAAAAGCAGCGAAAUUCUAUUAAAAAAAAUCAAUAUUUAAAUCAAGAAUGGAGCGUUGGGCAGGUCGUGUUGCCGUGGUGACAGGAGCCAGUUCUGGGAUAGGAGCGGCCAUCGCCCAGGAACUCGUCAAGAAAGGGCUCAAAGUGGUCGGACUGGCGCGCAGAGUGGAGAGGGUUGAGGAGUUGGCGAAUUCCCUCGAAUCAGCUUCAGGAAAGCUUUACUCUCUCAAAUGUGACGUCAGUAAAGAAUCAGAUGUUAGGGAAGCCUUCAAAUGGGUGAAGUCAAAUCUAGGUGGCAUUAACAUUCUCGUCAAUAACGCCGGAGUCUGUGAUUUCAACACCCUUACAGAUGGACCGGUCCAGAAGUGGCGUAACAUCAUAGACAUAAAUGUUCUGGGCCUCAGUAUUUGCACUAAAGAAGCUCUGGAAAUCAUGAAUGAAAAGGGGGUGAAUGACGGACACAUUAUUCAUAUUAACAGCAUUACUGGUCAUGGAACACCUUUCAAUUUCUACAUGUACUCUGCGUCGAAACACGCCGUUACCGCGCUGACUGAGGGGCUUCGUCGUGAACUGGUGAAGAAGAACUCAAAAAUAAGAGUCACUAGCAUCAGUCCAGGGAGUGUACUAACAGAGUUGGGUGAAGCUUCAGGCAUUCCAAAAGAAGUGUUGGAAGAUUUCAAGGACAAUCCGUUUUUAGAGGCCAAAGACGUGGCUGAUUGUAUCUUGUACGUUCUUGGAACUCCGCCACACGUUCAAAUCCACGAGCUGACCAUAAAACCUGUUGGAGAACCAAUGUGAAAAUUCUACUCUGGAGCUGUGAGAAGUAAGGAGCUAGACAACUGUACAGCCACGACUCUAUACGCCUCUCAAUUAAAAUUGUUUUGAUGUGUGGCAGUAAUAUGUUACCUCUUCGUUAUAAGUCUGCAUCUGACCUAUUUUAUAUAUUAAAUAUAAGCAUAAAAAUAUGCUAGACAUACAUGUAACGCUGCAUUAUAAAUCAAUAUAUAUUUAUUCAUCAAAUAUAAUAAAUAAGACGUAUGUGUGUUUUUA